AUGGUUGACGACAAAGGUCCAAUGAUCAUUGCGGUCUGCUGGACCUUUACCGCCCUUGGCCUCAUAUUCGUCGGUGGACGGCUGUUCGUCCGGGCCACUGUGCACAGAAAGCUAUUCAGCGAUGACUACUGGAUCAUUCUCUCAUCUGCCUGCGCCAUCCUUUCGAACGCACUGGUGACAAUCUCAGUCGGGUGGGGAAACGGCAAACGCUUCACGGUUCUCGAUCUAGAGCAAAAGCAGAACACGGUCAAAUGGAUGAUAGCGGCUUACGUGCCCGGGAUCGAAACUCUCGGCUUCCCAAAGCUAGCCGUCAUUGCGCUUCUCACCCGCUUGCUGGCGCCGGGCAAGCUUCACCUCCGGGUACUCUGGUCGAUGGGAAUCAUAUGCUGUCUCUCACUGACAGCCAUGGUUUUGACACUUCUGCUGCAAUGUACGCCACCUAGAGCUCUGUGGACUUUUUCGCUGCCGCGAAACUGCUUAGACCCAAAGGUUCUGGAAGGAUUGGCUUUCUGGGCUAGCUCAUUUUCUGCCUUUCUUGAUUUCUACUUGGCUGUAUAUCCAGCAGUGGUGCUCUGGAAGUUGCAGAUGCGGUUCCAGAAGAAGCUGGCGCUCACGUGCGCUCUUGGAAUGGGCAUUAUCUCCGGAUGUGCUGGUAUCGUGAAGGCUACAGGUGUACCAACCCUUUCGAGCCAAGAUGUCAGCUACGAUUUAUGUGAUCCGCUGUAUUGGACGUCUAUUGAGGGGAACCUCAUCAUCAUCGCGGCUUGCAUCCCGAUUCUGCAACCCAUCCUCGAGAUGUUCAAAGGACGCGGCAUCUGGUCUCUCGACAAGAAGUCGGGCAGCUACCAAUACAACAGCCACAGCAAGAAAAGCGCACACCAUCAGCAGCAGCAACCGCAGCAAGACUCGAUCGAAUUAAGGAGUAAACCUAGGAAAAAAGUUGAUGUUUACGGGUUCACGAUGCACGCCAAGGAAGACAGUGAAGAGAGCAUUGUAAAUCCAGGAAAGAAUGCGGAGACGUCCUCUUCUGGGCGCCAGAGUGAUACGUAUCCCGAGAGCGAGGACAAGAUUGUCAAGAGUAGCACCGUCACUAUAACAUACGAUCAGGGAGAAGAGGGACCAACUUCAGCAGCAACGCGAUGGGCUGCAAUUUGA